AGUUGCAGUCAUUGAAUCUUUUUUGUCAGAAUGCCACCACGUUUGUUCCACAGCAACGCGAGGAGUGUUCAGUGCAAACGAUCAUUAUAUGUCGACGCGGCCGGUUGAUGCUGAAAUCCCUUCAACGACCCGCAACGAGUCAGGCGUUCCAAGUAUCACGUCAAGCCGAGUGCGCGCGCAACUGUGACAUUUUUGCAGCUACACACGCAUUAUUACUUUUUUUCCUAUUUUAUCACAAUAUGUAUUCUGCCGUGGUUCGAGAUCUCCGACCCUUAGUCGUAUGGUGGGAGCCGUUACUGGAUCGACCAUGUUCACGGCGAUGCCUUGCUGCGAUUUCGGCACGCUAAGUCUUGAUCAGAGUCUGAGGAUUGCAGUACUCUUCACCAUUGCCGUGACCCUCGCGUCCAGCAACAAUGAACAAAAAAUCCAAUUUAAGAGGUGCCCAGACCAUCAGGAUGCGAAGGACAUUGAAAUAACGAGCGCCGUAGCGAGAGACGUGGAAGUCGGAAAAACCAUCAGCGUCGACGUGACCGUCUUGGCUAAAAAGGAAUUCAAGACAGAUCCUAAGCUCGCCUUGACUAUAACCACGUCGAAUCAGGUCAAACUGCCUUGCGUGUUCAACGUCGGCUCCUGUACGUACAAGAUGUGCAACGGCAUAACCCCUCUCGAGCGAUUUCUGGCCGGUGUCUGGGACAACAAAUGCCCAAUCGAGGCGAAGGAGCACAAGAAAACAAUGUCCUACUUCAUACCGUGGAUCGCAAGAUUUGCGAUUGGGGACGGCCGUCUUCAUUUUCGUGGAGAAAUGACGGAUGGAGGCAAGCUGGUCGGUUGUCAAGAGUUCGAUGUUAAAAUAAAAGUGUAGCUUCGAGAAUGAUGCUUGCGGUUCUCUGUGAGUCCCGCACAAGGAAGCCCGCAACCAGAACUCUUUGCUGUGGACCUUUUCCGAAUGCGUAUUGAAGCAUCUAUCUUCGCUUAGCUCGAACAUGAUUUGUAAAAUAAAAAUACAUUCC